GGUGUGAGCACAGACCGUGCACCGCUAUAAAAAUACUGUGGUGCCCUCGGCAAGACACUCCAGGGCUCAGCAACAUGGCUCCCAAGCUGGUGAUUCUCCUCGCUCUGUCGUUCGUGGUGCAGAACACAUACGCGUCACCCCUAUUUUUUGACUCGAUAGGGAAGAUUAUAGACGAUGUGGCGCAGGGUAUUCAAGACGCUGUGGAUGACGUUGCUAAUGGCAUAGACAACAUUGUGCAUGGAGGCACCACCACCAGCUCGACUUCUGCACCCACCACAAGUACAACUGUCACAGAGGUCACCAGCACCACUGUCUCUGAUGCCACUACCCCCUCUGCAGCCACCACAAGUUCAACCGCAGACGUCACAAGCUCUGCGACAACCUCUGCUGCAACUACUGCAAGUUCUUCUGCCUCAGAAGUCACAACCUCUGCGACUGCGUCUGAUGCAACUACUGCCACUGAAACUUCAGCUGGUACUACUGCCACAGAUGUAACAAGCUCUGUGACUGCGUCUGAUGCAACUACUGCCACUGAAACUUCAGCUGGUACUACUGCCACAGAUGUAACGAGCUCUGUGACUGCGUCUGAUGCAACUACUGCCACUGAAACUUCAGCUGGUACUACUGCCACAGAUGUAACAAGCUCUGUGACUGCGUCUGAUGCAACUACUGCCACUGAAACUUCAGCUGGUACUACUGCCACAGAUGUAACAAGCUCUGUGACUGCGUCUGAUGCAACUACUGCCACUGAAACUUCAGCUGGUACUACUGCCACAGAUGUAACAAGCUCUGUGACUGCGUCUGAUGCAACUACUGCCACUGAAACUUCAGCUGGUACUACUGCCACAGAUGUAACAAGCUCUGUGACUGCGUCUGAUGCAACUACUGCCACUGAAACUUCAGCUGGUACUACUGCCACAGAUGUAACAAGCUCUGUGACUGCGUCUGAUGCAACUACUGCCACUGAAACUUCAGCUGGUACUACUGCCACAGAUGUAACAAGCUCUGUGACUGCGUCUGAUGCAACUACUGCCACUGAAACUUCAGCUGGUACUACUGCCACAGAUGUAACGAGCUCUGUGACUGCGUCUGAUGCAACUACUGCCACUGAAACUUCAGCUGGUACUACUGCCACAGAUGUAACAAGCUCUGUGACUGCGUCUGAUGCAACUACUGCCACUGAAACUUCAGCUGGUACUACUGCCACAGAUGUAACAAGCUCUGUGACUGCGUCUGAUGCAACUACUGCCACUGAAACUUCAGCUGGUACUACUGCCACAGAUGUAACAAGCUCUGUGACUGCGUCUGAUGCAACUACUGCCACUGAAACUUCAGCUGGUACUACUGCCACAGAUGUAACAAGCUCUGUGACUGCGUCUGAUGCAACUACUGCCACUGAAACUUCAGCUGGUACUACUGCCACAGAUGUAACAAGCUCUGUGACUGCGUCUGAAACUUCUUCAAGUGCUACUGUGUCAGAUGUUACGACUUCUGUAACUGUCUCCGAUGGUACGACCACCGUUGGACUUUCUAAAACUACUGCGCCAGCUGUCUCCAGCACUGCUACCACUGCUACUACAAGCACUGCUGGAACUGCCACAGGCACUACUGCCUCAGAUGUCACCAGCUCGGCUACUGCUUCUGAAGCUGCUACCUCUGCUGACACCUCAUCAAGCACAGUCUCAGAUGUCACCACCUCGGAUGUUGUCUCGGAAGCCAGUACCUCUGCUGACACCUCAUCAAGUACUGUAGUCUCCGAUGACACCAGCUCAGUUACUGCCUCUGAAGCCACUACCUCUGCUGACACCUCAUCAAGUACUGAAGUCUCUGACGUGACCAGUUCGGCUACUGCUUCUGAAGCCACUACCUCUGCUGACACCUCAUCAAGUACUGUAGUCUCUGACGUCACCAGCUCGGCUACCGCCUCUGAAGCCACUAGCUCUGCUGACACCUCAUCAAGUACUGUAGUCUCCGAUGACACCAGCUCAGUUACUGCCUCUGAAGCCACUACCUCUGCUGACACCUCAUCAAGUACUGAAGUCUCUGACGUGACCAGUUCGGCUACUGCUUCUGAAGCCACUACCUCUGCUGACACCUCAUCAAGUACUGUAGUCUCUGACGUCACCAGCUCGGCUACCGCCUCUGAAGCCACUAGCUCUGCUGACACCUCAUCAAGUACUGUAGUCUCCGAUGACACCAGCUCGGCUACUGCCUCUGAAGCUACUACCUCUGCCGACACCUCUUCAAGCACCAUCGUUUCAGACGACACCAGCUCAGUUACUGCCUCUGAAGCCACUACCUCUGCUGACACCUCAUCAAGUACUGAAGUCUCUGACGUCACCAGUUCGGCUACUGCCUCUGAAGCUGCUACCUCUGCUGACAGCUCAUCGAGUACUGUAGUCUCAGAUGUCAGCAGCUCAGAUACUGCCUCUGAAGCCACUACCUCUGCUGACACCUCAAGCACUACAGUCUCAGAUGUCACUACCUCUGCAACUACCGCCGCAACUGCAAGCACUGCCAGCAGCGAUUCAUCUGAUGAUUCUUCGUCGGGACUUGGCGGCUUCUUUGAUGCUAUAAAGAACGCUAUCGAGAACGCCAAGAAUGUCACAGAGAACAUAGUCGAGGACAUCGUUGACACUGUAGGAGAUAUAACUGAAGAGAUAGUCGAGAAAGUAAAGGGCUUUGUAAAUGCCACUCAGUCCCAGCUGAAAGAUAUCCAGUCAGCCGUCGAAAAUUCGAUCGCCAGCGUGUCUUCAGAGCUGGCGAGCCUCGCGUCUACGGCCGUAUCGGCCCUGGAGACGGCGGUGGCGGACCUGGCGACGCUGACGCUGAACAACAUCGAGCAGGCCGAGGAGGACAUGGAGGCUGCCAUCAACGCCACGCAGAAGCUCGCGGCCGCCGCCAGCGGCUUCGCUUCUAGCGCCGUCACCAACGUCGUCAAUUCCAUCGAGGGGGCUCUGAACAACACGGAGUCGCUGUUCGACAGUCUCAAGACGAAGCUGAAAAGCAACAGCAGCAGCUCGUGAGCGACGCAGCCAGAAGCAAGAGCGGCAGGCAGUCUUGCGGCGUCCGACUUGUUACGUCUCCGGAAGUGCCAGUUUCUCUACUACAAGAACUUGUUGUUGAGCAUGCCGCAGUGAAAUAAAGUGCCGUUCCAAUAGCA